AGCAUGCGCAAUGACAGAGAUGACGAUGGGCAGAGACGCUGUUUUUUUUCUCAUCUGCAAGCGGUGAUGUUGCGGGACCGCGGAGGAAACCCUGGAGCUGGGGGGAGGACGAGGCAGGCUUUAUAAACAUUUAUUAAAUACGUCAAACCGCGAUUAACAGCAUGCAAGUCCCGGAUUCGUGUACCCGGGGCCUUUUCCUGGGCAAAAGUUCAGGUUAACAGCCGCCAUCUUGGAUCCACGGGGUGCAGCGCGCUUACGUACCAGUGUAGUAACGUAACAUUGAGUGGGCGUGGUUUUGGUUGUCUGGGUUUUCAACUGGAUCUUAGUGCCAGAACGCAGCCACCCCAACGACUGAGUCGCCACGUGAUAGCUUCCACAAUUGCUGGGUAACUUCGAUAUGGAGUGUCUCAUAGUCAUUGGGAAUAAUGGAGAAAUGAAAGGUACUGGAAGAAGAUUGCAGACUGGAUAUUCAAACCAAGUGCCAAAUCUACACCUGCCAGAAUCACUCGAUUCAUUCAAAUCUGAAUGUUAUCAGCCUCUGACUAUAGAAGGAGAAAUGGUUUCUGUUCUCUUUAAAGGAGAAGAUAUCAAAUGUCAAUCUGACUGGAAAAGCAACAAAACUCAUAAACAGACCUGAUUGAGAGUGUUCUGUUAAACAUCCUGAAAAAAGUCACAUAUUUGCAGCAGAGAGAAAAUGUACAUGUGUGGCUGAGGUUUCAACUGAUCAUCCAAACUGGAGAGACAAAAGGAUAUUGCGCAAUGGAGAAACCGUGGAAAUGUGGUGACUGUGGGAAGGGAUUCAAUUACCCAUCUCAACUGGAAGUUCAUCGCCGCAGUCACACUGGGGAGAGGCCAUUCACCUGCUCUGUUUGUGGGAAGGGUUUCACCCAUUCAUACAACCUGCUGACACACCAACGAGUUCACACUGAGGAGAGGCCAUUCACCUGUCCUGUGUGUGGAAAGGGAUUUGCUCGAUCAUCCCACAUUGUGACUCACCAACUUGUCCACACUGAUAAGAGACCAUUUCAAUGCCCAAACUGUGAGAAGAGUUUUAAAUGCAGAAAGGAUCUGAUGAUACAUCAACGUAUCCACACUGGGGAGAGGCCAUUCACCUGCUCUGUCUGUGGGAUGGCAUUCACUCAGUCAUCCCACCUUCAGACACAUCAACUUGCUCACUCUGAUAACAAACUUUUUAACUGUUCUAACUGCGAGAAGAGCUUUAAAAGCAAAAAGGACCUGCUGACACACCAGUAUACUCAUACAGGGGAGAGGCCAUUCACCUGCUCUGUGUGUGGAAAGGGAUUCACUCGUCCAUCUGGCCUGCUGUAUCACCAACGGAUUCACACUGGGGAGAGACCAUUCACCUGCUCUGUAUGUGGGAAGGGAUUCAUUAAUUCAUCCAACCUUCUGAUACACCAGCAACUUCACACAGGAGAUAGACCUUUCACCUGCUCUGACUGUGGGAAGGGAUUCACCCGUUCAUGUAACCUUCUGACACAUCAGCAGGUUCACACAAAGGAGAAACCUUUCACCUGCCCUGUGUGUGGGAAGGGAUUCACUCGAUCCUCCAACCUAAUGAAUCACCAACGAGUUCACUCUGGAGAGAGGCCAUUCACUUGUCCAACGUGUGGGAAGGGAUUCACUCAGUCAUCCAACCUGCAGACACACCAGAAGAUUCACACUGGGGAGAGGCCAUUUACCUGCUCCGAGUGUGGGAAGGAAUUUUCUCAUUCAUCCUACCUGGUGAAACACCAGCGAGUUCACACUGGCGAGAGGCCAUUCACCUGUAAUGUCUGUGGCAAGGGAUUCAUUCAGUCAUCCCAUCUACUAACACACCAGCGAGUUCAUAAGCAACUGCAGUGUUUGGAUUCUGCCCUUGCUGAUGCUGCUAAACAUAUCCAGGACUGAACUAUAUUCACUCUGAUGAUCCUGAUUUGUUGAUGAGUUUGUAUAUUCUGUAUAAAUGUAAAAUUAAUCACCUUUUCUUGAGACAUUUUUGGACCCUUUGUCUUUCCCACCUGAGUGUUUAACGUUACCUGUCUGCAGUCAGAAAAGACAUUCUGGGAGGAGGAUGGUAUGUCAGAAACAAGUCUUUAACUUGGGUACAGUCUAGAGGGACAAAUGGGAUUUUAGUCUCUCAUUUCUCUUCACCCACAACGGGUCCUCAUAAUGUCAGUGCCGAGGUGCAUAACAAAUAGAUUUGAGUCACUCGCUUCCUUGGUUCAGAGCCCUAGACACAGAACAGCAGCUCCCUUGCAAAUGUGUUCAGAGUCAGGAAGAAUAAUGAUGAAUGCUGAAAAGAUGCUGAAAAAUUAGUGUCAAAACUGUGAUCUGUUUUAGAACACAAAACAAAGAAUUGCAGGUGCUGGAGAUCAGAAACACAUGGAAGUGUGUGUUUCUUAUCUAUUCUGACUGAAAGUGAAACAGCACGUUUAAUUUUCAAGUCUGAAAAUGGCACUUGAUAAUUCUACAAUAGUUGAACUGGUUUGUGUCACAAUCCUGAUUUAUUAACCAGAAAUACAUUUAAAAUGCAUGAGUUAAAAUCUGUAAUAAAAUUGAAGAUGGAGGUGUACAAUUAGAUCUGUGGGUGUCCUUACGAUGUUUGAUUCCAGAUUUUUAAAAGGGACCUGCAUUGCAUCCAGAAAUUUCCUCUUUUAUUAAUAUUGCUUCCCACACAUUGUCUUUUAAAUAUACCGCAUCCCAACUGGUGAGUUAAUAUGAUCUGGAAUGCAUUCCCUGAAAGUCUGAAGGAAACAAAUUCAACAGGAACUUCGUAAAGGAAAUUGGAAGUAUAUUUGAAUAGGAACAUUUCUAAGGGCUUUGGAGAAAGAUUGGAGAAGUGGAACAGUUGGAUAGUUGUUUAAAACAGCUGACUGGAUUUACUUAUCACGAAUGAAACAUUGCAGGUAGACCCUCUUGUGGUGCAGUGGUAGUGUAGUUCCCCCAAACACAGAGAUCUGUGUUCAAGUCCCACCUGCUCCAGAGGUGUGUAAAAACGUCUCUGAGUAGUUUGAAUAGAGAAAUAGGUUGUAUUUCUUUACUUUAAAGACUUGAAGUAUUGCGCGUAAGUAGGUUCUGACUCUCCACUGUUUCUAUGUCAGUUACUGCUUUUUAUAAUUACUUUUCAUCAACAUUUUCGGACAGGCUAUGACAAACCUCUGAGGCUAGUGAGAUUUAAACCUGCACCUUCUGGCACAGGUAGGGACACUGCUAUUGCUUCUCAAAAGCUCAUCAGUUUUAUUUUUUAAGACAAGGAAGACAGCAAUUAUGUCAGUUGAGUAGUAUGGAGAAUGCAUGGUACGGGCUGAGAGGCAUGGAAAAGACAUGAGUGAAUCAAAGGUGGUAUUGAAUUAAAAUGCUGACACCAGCAGCAAUCUGUGUGUUUGUUCUAGAUGCUGUCAGUUUGAAGUCACCCUCACAACCAGGAAGUCUGUUCGUGCUGAUAACAUGAAACUGAACACUUUAUUUCAUUCUCAGACAGCACAACUUCCUGUUUCUUUGCUGCCAGUCUGAAACCGCACAUCUCACUUCUGAGCAGAAAAUAUAUCUGGGACCAUUAUCUGGUGGAAACAUCUGGACACAGGGUCAGUGCAGGGUCCCACAGAUCACAUUGCAGGGGUAUUUUAAAAUGUAGCAGUUAUUUAUGUUUAAAGCUUCUGUUUCAGGACAAACUGGGGGGCUCGAUGGUGUGGAGGUGCCGGUGUUGAACUGGGGUGGACAUGGUCACAAAUCACACAACACCAGGUUAUAGUCCAACAGGUUUAUUUUAUAUUAAAUGCUGUUAAAUCUUUAAUGAGUUAGAACGUUUUAAUUAAUCUUUAUGUAUAAGUAAAUCCCCAAAUUCCUUUGCAGUCACUGUCCUGAGAAAACUAAAGGUUUUAUCAGUGUAAAGAAGAGGUGACAUUUUAGGUCAGACAAUGCUUGUCAGGGGUGAGGCCUUGUGAAAAAUCUGUUUGUGUU